AUGGCCAACGACGAAUAUGACGUGAUGGUGUUGAUCGGAGACUCGGGCGUCGGAAAGUCCAACCUUCUCAGUCGAUUCACCCGCAAUGAGUUCAACUUGGACUCCAAGUCGACAAUUGGUGUCGAGUUCGCCACUAGAUCCAUCCAAGUCGACUCGAAGACGAUCAAGGCACAGAUUUGGGAUACCGCCGGCCAGGAGCGCUACCGUGCCAUCACUUCGGCCUACUACAGAGGAGCUGUCGGUGCCCUUCUCGUCUACGACAUCAGCAAGCACCAGACAUACGAGAACGUCACCCGGUGGUUGAAGGAAUUGCGAGACCAUGCCGAUGCCAACAUCGUCAUCAUGCUUGUCGGAAACAAGAGCGAUUUGCGCCACCUGCGAGCAGUGCCUACAGAGGAGGCAAAGGCUUUCGCCAGCGAGAACCACCUCUCGUUCAUUGAGACGUCUGCCCUCGAUGCCAGCAACGUCGAGCUUGCAUUCCAGAACAUCUUGACCGAGAUCUACCGAAUCGUAUCGAGCAAGGCACUCGACUCGGGCGACGGACCCCAAGCCUCGAUCGGAGCCGGCCCUGGCAUUUCGCUCAGCAAGCCUGCGGACGACAGUGCAGAGAAGAGCGGCAAAUGCUGUUAA